ACAUAGUUUUGAUCAACUAAAAGGCACAACUGACAAGGAGGGAUGAGCUUUAAUUUUUUUUCCUUUUUAGGCUUUCAUACGCCCUUCUGUUAUAACAUCGUUUUGAUCAACUAAUUCUUGCAAAGACAUUAGACCUAAUUUUACGUUUAGAACGGGCAUUUCUCAAUCGUCAUAAUUAAAAGGUAGUUGAUUGUCUUGGCAUAAUGCUCUCUUUUUUUCAACUAAUUUAAAUAACCUUUACCCAUUUAAUACAUAGAAGUUAAAUUCGUAGAACAAAUUGAAUUGAAUGCCAGAUAAGUGAUAAAAAGUCGAGUUAAUUAACCAAGUUGGCGAAAUUUGUCAUGUAGCUGCUGUUGUCUGCCGCGUCCUAUUUUUGAAUAUCUGCUCCCUCGCUCCUUCCCACCGUCCAAAUUAGACGCCCACAUCUCACCUUAUAAACGUGAAUCCCCCACCAUCACUCUCUACAGUUUCUGCACAGAACUCCACACUUUGAACCUCGGGAAACAUUGUAUUCAUACUACUGUGCCUAAAAUUUCUUCAUAAUUAUAUAUAUUUAAGGGAUAAUUCCAUUUCUUCUACGUAUCUGGAACUAAGCGAUUAGAAAGUCACAAUGUCGGUGAUGUCGAGAAGGACGGAGCUCCAAAUGCACAAGAAAUGGAAAGAUAGAGAAAUCAGUCCUGAACGCACUAAAGUUUGGACUGAACCUUCUAACCAUAAGCUCAAAUCUGACCGCAAAGUACCAGUUGUUUACUAUAUCUCCAGAAAUGGCCAACUUGAACAUCCCCAUUUCAUGGAAGUUCCUCUUUCCUCUCCUCAUGGUCUUUAUCUCAGAGAUGUGAUCAACCGCUUGAAUUGUCUUCGUGGAAAAGGCAUGGCCUCUAUGUAUUCCUGGUCUGCUAAAAGAAGCUACAGAAACGGAUUCGUGUGGCAGGAUUUGACGGAGCACGAUUUUAUAUACCCAGCACAGGGUCAAGAGUACAUUCUGAAAGGAUCACAGCUUCUCGAUAGCGCAUUGCAUUCACAACCCGACGAAAUUGCAUGUUCUGGUUUGAGAAAUCCGGUACCGGAAGUACGGAAAAUCAGUAAAGAUCAUGAGUUCCCGGUAAUCCCAAGGCGCCGGAACCAGUCCUGGACUUCCUCCGAUUUCCACGAAUACAGAGUGUACAAGGCAGAGUCUACCGACGAAUUGAUCGGAAGAGCCGCCAGCGACGCGUCGACUCAGACAGACGAUCGUCGCCGCCGGCGAAGAGCAAUGCGAAUUGUCGAAGAAGAAGAAGAAGAGUUGAGAGAAGACCGGACCGUUGAACCGGACGUGGAUGAAAAGAAUCAAAAACGGUCGAUAGAGCUGAACAGAGGUGAAAUUUCACCACCACAGUCGGAUUCAAGCUCUGAAACGCUAGAGACGUUGAUGAGAGCAGACGGGAGAGUGAUCUUACGGCCAGAUACAAUCAGCGAAGAUCCGACGGUUAAUAUUCAAUCAAGCGGAAAGAGUAGUAAAGCAUCUUCCAUGCUGAAGCAAUUACUAUCUUGGGGUUCCAUGUCUUUCAAGUGUGGGCCCGGUUAUGGGAAAGAAAAUCGUUUUUCCAUAAUUUCACAACAUAAAUCGCGGCUGCCACGUGUCAGAGGCUCCAAUCAAGUGGAGAAGGAUGUAGAGAGUCCAAUGGUGGAAUAUCAUGAAAGUGAAGAGAUAAUUCAGCUGGAGGAUAAAGAGUACUUUAGUGGGAGUUUAAUAGAGAUAAAGAAGGAGAAAAUUCCUGCUCUAAAGAGAUCGGCUUCAUACAAUGUGGAAAGUUGUACAAAAUUGGAACUGACUGACAAAAAAGGAGAAAUGAAAACAAAUGCAUUCUGAGAAAGCAACAGAAUCAGCCAACCAGAAAAGCUAGGAAACAUUGACUUGUCUUGCAGUAAUAACGUUGCCCCUAUUUCUAGUAAUACUAGCUAGUGAUCAACAUGGUGCGUAGCAAGAUGAACAGAUGAUAGUGGUUAUGCCCCACGUCUAGGAUGAUUAGGAAAUAGGAAAAUUAGUAGAGACAAUAUCUCCUGAUCUCAGUUGUAGUUUUUGUAAAUUCAUUCAUGAAAGGCUGAAAAUUCGUGGAGACAAUAUCUCCUGUUUUAGGAAUUUGACAAAGCUUCUUUUGGUUGAAAACCGUCGUUUUGCAUUUUGGAGCACAGUGUUUCUUGAUUUUCUCUCAUGAUGUUUGACAUCCUAAAAGAGUCAAGAACUUUGAUUUGCUCUUAACAUUUUGUGAAGGAUCUUCAAUCCAAGACUCAUUUGGACGGGCAAAAAGCCCAUCCCUUUUCAUCAUCA